GGGCCGGCGCGGCGAGCAGUGUCAGCCGCACCACAGCACAUAACAGAACAGACGAACGAUGCGCGCCGCCGCAGCAGCCGCUCUCUGCCUCGCGCUCUCCGUGUCGCCCUGGUGGGCGGUAUGUGUCACCGCCAGCCCCGUGCCGUCGCCCGUCACGCCGGAGGACACCUCUGAGGUGGACAACUUCGACAGCCGAGUGUCACUCACCCUGGAGGAGAUGUCUGCGCUUCACUCUUCCACGCUUCGGCCGCACGCUCCGCCCGUCGUCAAGAGGUCGCUGACGGUGGAGUCGGACCCGCCGCCGGCGGACAACAGCGACGCGGUGCUGCGCAGGGCGCCCGCGCUGCCGCUGCUGCGGCUGGAGGGCGGCGGCCGCGGGGGCGUGCCCAGCCUGCCCGAGGACAGCCACAACCUGCUGGUCGCACAGCCGCCCCCGCAGCAACACAGCAGCAGGCGGCGCCGCCAGGCCCUCGACGCGCCCGCCGUCGAGACCGAGGACGCGGAGGACCCCCUGCCGGCAGUGCCAGCGCCCAGUGGAAACGCGGCAGACGACUCGUACGCGAACUACUCUGAGUGAGAAGCCUGCGGCAGAGCGGCGGCCCUGGCCCGGCGCCCCGCCCACGCGCCCAGCGGCGGCGCCCCCUGCAGUGCGGCGCCACGGCCCUCUCCACGGAGCGGCCCAGCUCGGCGCCAGUUCUCCGGCAGCCUACGUACCGGCUGUGCUGCGAGACCUCGGUGCCUCGCUCUUCAGGCACAACGGAGAGACAUUUGAGGCGUUCAUGAGCUUUCCACACGUCUUACAAACGACAGCGCGGGGGAAAACUGUUGUCUUAUUGAAUAUUUAUCACUAGUGUACGCUUACUCUUCCUAGUUGAUGUGUUUGUAUAUAAUAAAUAUUUCCUAGAAAAACCUACGAAA